AUGGACCGCGGCAUUGAGUGUGAGGGAUAUGAGGUUCGACUACGAUGGGGCUGCGGGAUCGCUUCGCGCGGUCAAUUUACUGGUGCUGAUAAGCCUUUGAGGGAGAGUGUACCGCCGAGGCCGAGGGGGAGACGGAGGGAUUGGAGUCGAGAGAGGAAGAGGGGAGCAGGUCAGGGAUUGAAUCCGUCUUCAAGUGAGAUCUUAGGCUCGGAAGAUGCAACUCAGUCGAGAAUGACGGCGGUUUCUGAUCCGGGAGCUUUGCCAGAGUCGAUUCGCUCCGACAGAGAUGAGCUCCUAUUCACCGAAUUCCUGACUACGGGGAUCAAUGUCCUGCAUUCUACGACCGUGUCGGAAAAUCUGCUUCAACCUCGACUUCCCGCGCUGUGCAAGGAGUCCAGUGCAUUAUACGAUAUCUGCCUCACGUUUCAGCUUUCCUUGACCAGCACCCAGACCACACAAUUUCUGGAAUACUUUGAUAGAUCCCUGCGGGAAUUCCGUACAGAACUCGCUCAAUCUACAAGACUCUCUGAUGGGACCUUCACGGCGGGCCUCUUAUUGUGCAGUAUUGGGCUGGUUCAUGGCAUGUCCUGGACAAUGCAUAUAGAAGGGAUGUACAAUAUCCUUCGAAGCACCGAUUUUGCCCCACUCCCUGAAUGGAACACACUGAGGCCAUUUCGAAUUCACCUUCUUGAAGUCCUGGGUGUCAUGGACAUACCCUGCCUUACGGUAGGCCGCCAGAUAGGCUCCUUCGGCAUUUGGCGUCGAAUUUGCCAAUCCCUCAGACCAAGAGUCGGGGUUGAGCCAGUCACCGGUUUGCCUCGCUCGUUCAUGGAUCUUCUAGCUGGGAUAGGCAUCGACACAUCAGAACAAAGCUUCUGGGACUGGCCUGCAGAGCCAGGGAACUUUCUACAGUGUUAUCUUUGGGAAGCGUAUCGUCUUGCUGGGAUUCUCUAUCUUCGUCAAAUUGAACGCAAAACACCGACUUCAAGUGGUCCGCAAACGCUUCCGACGUGGCGACAGCAAAACUCCUGUCCAAUCGACUCGAAUAUGCUGGUCGCUCGAGUCCUGGCUAAUGUGGACGCUCUUCGCUUGGGUUGCGCCGAGCGUCCGGACGAGGACUCUUUUAUUCAGAACUCUUCACUUUUCCCACUGGUCAUCGUUGGAAAAGAAGUCCAUAUCAUGCGCCAGAACUCGCAGUGGCAGGAAGUCAUCCGUCGGUGUACGCUCGAGCUGCACCGAGAUGGCAUUAUCUUUGAGAUUCUCGAGGAAAUGUGGCAAGACGGCCAGAAAACCCCUGAUAUUGAUGAGAGAGCCCGUGCGAGAGGCGUUGAAGUAGGUAUUCUAUAG